CUAGACAACACACCUUCCAUACUAGCAAUUUCUAGCGAAUAUAUGUAAUUAACCUCUAUUCUAUGUUUAUUUUAAACUUUCAUUUACACCUGGUUUAUUCCACAACUAUUUAUGUAUUGCACUAAAAUUAUAUUCUUCGGAUCAACGUUAUAUACAGUACCUAAGUUAAAGCUGUUAUAAUAAUAAUGGCUUGGUGUGGCAACUUAUUUACCUUAUUAAUCAAGCCAGUCAUCUACUUUUUCAACCAGCCAAGCCUAUUACGUCACGUUCGAGAUAUUCUGCCUCGAACUUUUAAUAACAAUUUGCUGAAAUUCGAACCUGAAUAUGCAGACGAUAGCGAUAGACUAGGUAGUAUUUUACGGGAAUCUAAAAAGUACGCCACAGUCUUCAUUUCGAUCGAAGCAAAAGUGUGGAAUCAAGAUCACAAUAAGAUUACAGAUAUUGGAUUAUCGACAUGGUAUACUGGCAGUUUUGAUCCCGGCAGAUAUUCUCACUAUUGGCAAGUCAAAGACAACUUAUCAUUAAGAAACGAAUGCACAGCCAACGAACCGGACACAUUUAUGUUUGGCAGCACUGGGCUGGUUGAAGAAGGAGCUGACAUAGCAUUGAUUCUAGAUGCUAUGUUCAAGUCAUUAAUUUCUCAACCUCAGAGGGUAGCUAUUGUUGGACAUGACGUCCACUCUACAAUAGGGUUGCUUAAAACCUAUUGGGAGCCGCCUGGCUCUAUCAUGAUUCUUGAUACACAAAGGAUAUGGCAAGUUCAAUAUGGACGAGUAGACAAGGUUACACUCGAAGAUGCGCUGGACAUGACCUUAGGGGCCGUGUAUAACAAAUGUUGGCUUCAUAAUGCCGGGAAUGAUGCGCGGUUUAUAUUAAAUUUACUUGAAGCGCAAGGCGGGUUAAUUCUUCGAGCUCAGAACGAUGUUGGUUUAGAUUUUGAACACGUUCUACGUUAGUACUAACUUCAUGCACUAUUUGAACUAUAUAGCU